AGUUCUUCAGAUACUGUAUGAUCAUACCGUUCCGCAACAUGUAGAACAUGAUGCUGUUUAUUAUUAAUUAUUUAAAAUACGAAAGCAGGGCAUCCAUCCAACAAUACAUCAAUACAUUCGAGUAAUGAACGGAGCUGGGGCAUUCAAAGGAUGUUUCGCUUUCAACUUCGACUUUUUUUCGUUUGUCCCAUCUACCGACCCGUCUGCUUACCUUCACAUGUGCAGAGACGCAGCUAGCUGGCUAUUUUGCUUGUUGUUUGAAAUGAGUUGGCGAGUUUAGCCAGCUAGCUAAUAAAAACGAUUAGCUAGUAACUUUUAAACUCAUCAACAAACCAGGUUGUCGUGAGUUUCGCUACUCUGUGAAGAAGACUGAUCGAAGCUGAGAUGAACCAAUUUGAACAGUAAGUUGUGUGUCUGCCCGUGCUAGCCAUCAUGCUAGCUAUGGUGCCCAUUUUGUAGUGUAGUUAGCUACUCAUUAAGAUGCUAGGGUUGAUUUAGUAAGCUAGUAACUACCCACAUUCACCACUUAGCUAGUAACUACCCACAUUCAACACUUAACUAGCAGCUACCCACAUUCACCACUUAGCUAGCAGCUACCCACAGUCACCACUUGGUUAAAGUUAGCUAGCAGCUACCCACAGUCGCCACUUAGCUAACGUUAGCUAGCAGCUACCCACAGGCACCACUUAGCUAACGUUAGCUAGCAGCUACCCACAUUCACCACUUAGCUAGUAACUACCCACAUUCAACACUUAACUAGCAGCUACCCACAUUCACCACUUAGUUAACAGAUACCCACAGUCAACACUUAUCUAACGUUAGCUAGCAGCUACCCACAGUCACCACUUAUCUAACGUUAGCUAGCAGCUACCCACAGUCACCACCUUAGGUAACGUUAGCUAGCAGCUACCCACAGGCACCACUUAGGUUAACGUUAGCUAGCAGCUACCCACGGUCACCACUUGGUUGAAGUUAGCUAGCAGCUACCCACAGUCACCACUUGGUUAAAGUUAGCUAGCAGCUACCCACAGUCACCACUUGGUUAAAGUUAGCUAGCAGCUACCCACAGUCACCACUUGUUAAGUUAGCUAGCAGCUACCCACAGUCACCACUUGUAAGUUAGCUAGCAGCUACCCACAGUCACCACUUGUAACGUUAGCUAGCAGCUACCCACAGUCACCACUUGGUUAAAGUUAGCUAGCAGCUACCCACAGUCACCACUUAGCUAACGUUAGCUAGCAGCUACCCACAGUCACCACUUGGUUAAAGUUAGCUAGCAGCUACCCACAGUCACCACUUGGUUAAAGUUAGCUAGCAGCUACCCACAGUCACCACUUGGUUAAAGUUAGCUAGCAGCUACCCACAGUCACCACUUGGUUAAAGUUAGCUAGCAGCUACCCACAGUCACCACUUAGCUAACGUUAGCUAGCAGCUACCCACAGUCACCACUUGGUUAAAGUUAGCUAGCAGCUACCCACGGUCACCACUUGGUUGAAGUUAGCUAGCAGCUACCCACAGUCACCACUUAGCUAACGUUAGCUAGCAGCUACCCACGGUCACCACUUGGUUGAAGUUAGCUAGCAGCUACCCACAGUCACCACUUGGUUGAAGUUAGCUAGCAGCUACCCACAGUCACCACUUAGCUAACGUUAGCUAGCAGCUACCCACGGUCACCACUUGGUUGAAGUUAGCUAGCAGCUACCCACAGUCACCACUUAGCUAACGUUAGCUAGCAGCUACCCACGGUCACCACUUGGUUGAAGUUAGCUAGCAGCUACCCACAGUCGCCACUUGGUUAACAUCAUGUCUCAUUGUACAUUCAGACUUGGUUGUAACCUGCAUGAAACUGGUAACUAUUUAGCUCAGGCCUGGCUCCAGGAUGACAUGUCUCGGGGGUGGGGGGGCACAACUAGUAUUGCUUUAGCACCCUAAUAACACAAUUGUAGAUUACAUUAACCGGAUGGUUAUUAACCGGAACCGGAUGGUUAUUAACCGGAACCGGAUGGUUAUUAACCGGAUGGUUAAUGUAAUGUAUCGACUUAGUAACAAACCCCCACCUCGCGACCCCAAACUGUUCACACCCCUCUUGUUGACUGAGAGAAAAUGUUUCCGUUUUAAAGCCAAUGUCCCGCAAUUCUAUGCAAUCUUCCACAUCUUAUGUGUGUUUAUAUGAUUCCAGGAUUCGAAGCCCGAAACGUAAAAAAGAAACUGCUCCGUCCAGUUGAGUAUGGAGGCUCUAGGCGGUAUUCUGCCUUCUCCCUACAGUUUUCAGCCAUUAGCUUCGCCCACUACUUCCUCAUGUGAAUUACAAUCCCGACGCGGUGUUUUAACGUUUAGAAACUUCAAUAAUCUCUGUAGCUCAGCUGGUAGAGCACGGCGCUUGUAACGCCAGGGUAGUGGGUUCGAUCCCCGGGACCACCCAUACACAAAAAUGUAUGCACACAUGACUGUAAGUCGCUUUGGAUAAAAGCGUCUGCUAAAUGGCAAAUUAUAUUAUAUUAUAAAUUAUAUUAUAAUCAUCGCUUGGGAUACAGCUUUCAAAACAUAUGGCCCUUAGGAGUGGGAGCGAAUUAGAGGGAGUAUACGUUCUAGGGCCCGACAAAAAGAAAUCGAUUGGUCAAAAUUUAAGGAAGUUACGGUAUUAAGACUAAACGGAAUGCGCUCUUAGGCCUACAGCUCGAUGGUGGUUAUACAGCCUACUAAUGAUAAUGACAUUACUUAUUAUUAUAAUGAUCAUCAUAAUAAUUAUAAUAAUAGUAAUAAUAAGGAGAUCAAGGAAAAAGGAGGAUUAUUAUAAAUAUAUAAUUUGGAAUAGUGUAAACAACACAAAAUAAAUCAUUAAUAAUAGCAGAGGUUGGUCUAAGCCUUUAUUGCAGCAUGGCAAAGAUUAAAAACAGCUGAAUUUGGGAAAUUGUUGCGUCAGGCUUGGUGCUCACGGAAUCAGUAGGCUAUCAGGCAACAGAAGCAGGAUCUGUCUUAUUUUGUGCAUUCGGAAAGUACAUUCUUUAGGGUGGAGAAGGAAUUGUCGCAAAUUGCUGUAGAUGGUUCAAAUGUUAAUCCAUGUUUCAGUACCAGCAGCACAGUCGGCAUUGCUGACAAAGGCCCACCGUGUCUUUGAAGAACACUGAGUGGGGUCUAUUUGUUGUUGCUGGCUGUGAUUGCGAUUUCACUUUGCAAGAAUGUGCAAGCCACAAACUCUGCUUCCACUUGUUCAGUUUUGGUUAGAUCAAACAAUUGCUUGACCUUGUUCACAUCCCAAAAGUUUGGGCUCUAGGGAUCCAUGGCACAGCGAGCUUCCACGAGUUGUCUAUUUCCUUCGUGAUGAGAUUUCCCCCAGCACGGCUUCCAAAGUGCUGAAAAACAGUUGCUUACUCUCGUCUCAUCGUGCUGACCCACUGUGCUUUCAACUACAUACUCUUACAGUUUUACUGAGUCUCCAUCGUUUGCUUGGAGCUGGUGUGCUCGUGCCUUCCCGUUUGCUUGGAGCUGGUGUGCUCGUGCCUUCCCGUUUGCUUGGAGCUGGUGUGCUCGUGCCUUCCUGACAUGCCUCGCAAAAGCUUUUUGAAUUUAGCAUCACAUUGCAGUUUAACGCACCCAUAUGUACUGCGGACCAGUUUGACACCGGUGUGCAGAUCAGUAGCUUCUGAGUGCAGUAACCUGUUAGGAGGGUUUUGGAACAUCUACAUUUAAUAAAUCAAUGUAACACACACCACAAUUCAUCCAUUUAUUUAUUUUAGUCAGGUCUAAAGAAACAUUAUGAUAUGAAGAACAUUGAGUGGGCCAACUCAUUCUGUUAUGUGGUUAUGCUCCAUGCCGUAGGCUGCUGGCUUGUUCAUUUAGCAUUUAGAUAUUUUUCCCAUUACGGAGCGAGUACACGUACACUACAUAGCCAAAAGUAUGUGGACACCUGCUCGUCGAACAUCUCAUUCCAAAAUCAUGGGCAUGAAUAUGGAGUUGGUCCCCCCUUUGCUGCUAUAACAGCCUCCACUCUUCUGGGAAGGCUUCCCACUAGAUGUUGGAACAUUGCUGCAGGGGACUUGCUUCCAUUCAGCCACAAGAGCAUUAGUGACGUCGGGCACUGAUGUUGGGCGAUUAGGCCUGGCUCGCAGUCUGCAUUCCAAUUCAUCCCAAAGGUGUUCAAUAGAAUUGAGGUCAGGGCUCUAUCCAGCAAACUAGCUAUCCGUGUGUGUGUGUGUGUGUGUGUGUGUGUGUGUGUGUGUGUAUAUACACAUACACAUAUUAAAGAUGACCCAGAGUGUUAGGGUGUAUAAUGUGUGUGUGUAAAUGCCCCCCCCCCCCCCCCCCCCCCAGUCUGAAAGACGACGACCCAGAGGAUCAGGAUGAGACUGUCUGUAACCAGGAGGAAGACGGCUCCAUCAACAACAACCGGCGCAAGGUACGCAACACACACUAAACAACACACACAUACACACACAGUGAAUCCAAAACCAGCCCCUCCCAAAACCCCAACCCCUAUCAACGUGUUGACUCAACCUAACCCAGCCCCUCCCAAAACCCCAACCCCUAUCAACGUGUUGACUCAACCUAACCCAGCCCCUCCCAAAACCCCAACCCCUAUCAACGUGUUGACUCAACCUAACCCAGCCCCUCCCAAAACCCCAACCCCUAUCAACGUGUUGACUCAACCUAACCCAGCCCACUGUGGCGCCAGGCCCACCCAAUCAGAUUGAGCAAAACAUUUAUUUAAUGCUCUCUACUUGUCAGUAUUCCAAACUGAACAUUGUUUGUCUUUUUACCUAAACAUUAGAUAGAAGUCAUAGCAAGCAGUGUGCACUGGAAUGACAUUCAGAUGAACUGGAAUGACAUUCACUCUCAUGGGAUGGGUGGCCAAAAAUAUCUAACUGAAAGCCACACCCCCAAUAAGCCAGGAAUAUGACUGCAUUGACAUUUGAAACCCCACCUCUUUAAGGAAUACCUGGGAUAGGAUAAAGUUAUCCUUCUACCCCCCCUGUGGAGAAGUACAGAUCAGGGUUGGGUUAUAAAAAAAUAUCAAACUUUUAACAUCCCACGGAGCACCAUUAAAUCCAUUAUUUAAAAAUUGAAAGAAUAUGGCACCACAACAAACCUGCCAAGAGAGGGCCGCCCACCAAAAGUCAAGGACCGGGCAAGGAGGGCAUUAAUCAGAGAGGCAACAAAGAUACCAAAGAUAACCCUGAAGGAGCUGCAAAGCUCCACAGCGGAGAUUGAAUAUCUGUCCAUAGGACCACUUUAAGCUGUACACUCCACAGAGCUGGGCUUUACGGAAGAGUGGCCAGAAAAAAGCCAUUGCUUAAAGAAAAAAAUAAGCAAACACGUUUGGUGUUCGCCAAAAGGCAUGUGGGAGACUCCCCAAACAUAUGGAAGAAGGUACUCUGGUCAGAUGAGACUAAAAUUGAGCUUUUUGGCCAUCAAGUAAAACACUAUGUCUGGCGCAAACCCAUCACCUCUCAUCACCCCGAGAACACCAUCCCCACAGUGAAGCAUGGUGGUGGCAGCAUCAUGCUGUGGGGAUGUUUUUCAUCAGCAGGGACUGGGAAACUGGUCAGAAUUGAAGGACUGAUGGAUGGCGCUAAAUACAGGGAAAUUCUUGAGGGGAAACCUGUUUCAGUCUUCCAGAGAUUGAGACUGGGACGGAGGUUCACCUUCCAACAGGACAAUGACCCUAAGCAUACUGCUAAAGCAACACUUGAGUGGUUUAAGGGGAAACAUUUAAAUGUCUUGGAAUGGCCUAGUCAAAGCCCAGACCUCAAUCCAAUUGAGAAUCUGUGGUAUGACUUAAAGAUUGCUGUACACAGUGGAACCCAUCCAAUUUGAAGGAGCUGGAGCAGUUUUGCCUUGAAGAAUGGGCAGAAAUCCCAGUGGCUAGAUGUGCCAAGCUUAUAGAGACAUACCCCAAGAGACUUGCAGCUGUAAUUGCUGCAAAAGGUGGCUCUACAAAGUAUUGACUUUGAGGGGGUGAAUAGUUAUGCACGCUCAGGUUUUCUGUUUUUUUGUCUUAUUUCUUGUUUGUUUCACAAUAAAACAUAUUUUGCAUCUUCAAAGUGGUAGGCAUGUUGUGUAAAUCAAAUGAUACAAACCCCCCAAAAAUCCAUUUUAAUUCCAGGUUGUAAGGCAACAAAAUAGGAAAAAUGCCAAGGGGGGUGAAUACUUUCGCAAGCCACUGUAUAUCCACCAUGCCACUGUAUAUCCACCAUGCCACUGUAUAUCCACCAUGCCACUGUAUAUCCACCAUGCCACUGUAUAUCCACCAUGCCACUGUAUAUCCCCAGCCAUGUAUCACCAUCCACUGUAUAUCCCCAUGCCACUGUUAUCACCAUGCCACUGUUCCCUCCACUGUAUCCACCAUGCCACUGUCACAUGCACGUUUCCACCUCACUGUACACAACACUGCCUUCUCCUCGUCACAACACUGUUUCCCCUCCUGUAUUCCACCAUCCACUGUCCACAUCCACUGUUCUCCACUCCUGUCACACACUGUCAUCCACCAGCCUCCUGUCACAACACUGUUUCCCUCCGUAUCCACCCUCACUGUUCACACACUGUAUCCACCUGCCACUGUCUUCCUGUCACAACACUGUCCUCCUCCUCCUCCUGUCACAACACUGUCCUCCACCUCCUCCUGUCACAACACUGUCCUCCACCUCCUCCUGUCACAACACUGUCCUCCACCUCCUCCUGUCACAACACUGUCCUCCUCCACCUCCUGUCACAACACUGUCCUCCUCCACCUCCUGUCACAACACUGUCCUCCUCCUGUCACAACACUGUCCUCCUCCUGUCACAACACUGUCCUCCUCCUGUCACAACACUGUCCUCCUCCUGUCACAACACUGUCCUCCUCCUGUCACAACACUGUCCUCCUGUCACAACACUGUCCUCCUCCUGUCACAACACUGUCCCUCCUCUUCCUCCUGUCACAACACUGUCCUCCUCCUCCUCCUGUCACAACACUGUCCUCCUCCUCCUCCUGUCACAACACUGUCCUCCUCCUCCUCCUGUCACAACACUGUCCUCCUCCUCCUCCUGUCACAACACUGUCCUCCACCUCCUCCUGUCACAACACUGUCCUCCACCUCCUCCUGUCACAACACUGUCCUCCCCUCCUGUCACAACACUGUCCUCCUCCUGUCACAACACUGUCCUCCCUCCUAUGUCCACAACCCAACUGUCCUCCUCCUCCCUCCUCCUGUCACAACACUGCCUCCUCCUCUGUCACAACACUCCUCCUCCUGUCACAACACUGUCCUCCUCUCCUCCUCCUGUCACAACACUGUCCUCCUCCUCCUCCUGUCACAACACUGUCCUCCACCUCCUCCUGUCACAACACUGUCCCUCCACCUUCCUUCCUGUCACAACACUGUCCUCCUCCUCCUGUCACAACACUGUCCUCCUCCCUCCUGUCACAACACUGUCCUCCUCCUUCACAACUUCCUCCCUCCUGUCACAACACUGUCCUCCUCCUCCUCCUGUCACAACACUGUCCUCCUCCUCUGUCACAACACGUCCUCCUCCUCCUCGUCACAACCACUGUUCCUCCUCCUCCUGUCACAACACUGUCCUCCCUCCUUUCCACACUGUCCUCCUCCUCCUGUCCAACACCGUCCUCCUUCCUCCUGUCACAACCCUGUCCUCCUCCUCCUCCUGUCACAACACUGUCCUCCUCCUCCUGUCACAACCACUGUCCUCCUCCUUCCUGUCACAACACUGUCCUCCUCCUCCUCCUGUCACAACCCUGUCCUCCUCCUCCUCCCGUCACAACACUGUCCUCGUCCUCCGGUCACAACACUGUCCUCCUCCUCCUGUCACAACCCUGUCCCUCCGCCUCCUCCUGUCACAACACUGUCCUCCUCCUCCUCCUCCUGUCACAACACUGUCCUCCUCCUCCUCCUGUCACAACACUGUCCUCCUCCUCCUGUCACAACACUGUCCUCCUCCUCCUGUCACAACACUGUCCUCCUCCUCCUGUCACAACACUGUCCUCCUCCUCCUCCUGUACAACAACUGUCCUCCUCUUCCUCCUGUCACAACACUGUCCUCCACCUCCUCCUGUCCAACACUGUCCUCCACCUCCUCCUGUCACAACACUGUCCUCCUCCUCCUCCUGUCACAACACUGUCCUCCUCCUGUCACAACACUGUCCUCCUCCUCCUGUCACAACCCUGUCCUCCUCCUCCUCCUGUCACAACCCCUGUCCUCCUCCUCCUCCGUCACAAACCCCUGUCCCUCCUCCUCCUGUCACAACACUGUCCUCCUCCUCCUGUCACAACCCUGUCCUCCUCCUCCUCCUGUCACAACACUGUCCUCCUCCUCCUGUCACAACCUGUCCCCUCCUCCUCCUGUCACAACACUGUCCUCCCCUCCUCCUGUCACAACCACUGUCCUCCUCCUCCUCCUGUCACAACACUGUCCUCCUCCUCCUGUCACAACCCUGUCCUCCUCCUCCUCCUGUCACAACACUGUCCUCCUCCUCCUGUCACAACACUGUCCUCCUCCUCCUCCUGUCACAACACUGUCCUCCUCCUCCUGUCACAACCUGUCCUCCUCCUCCUCCUGUCACAACCCUGUCCUCCUCCUCCUCCUGUCACAACACUGUCCUCCUCCUCCUGUCACAACACUGUCCCCUCCUCCUCCUGUCACAACACUGUCCUCCUCCUCCUCCUGUCACAACACUGUCCUCCUCCUCCUCCUGUCACAACACUGUCCUCCUCCCCUCCUGUCACAACACUGUCCCCCCCUUCAACACGUCCUCCUCCUCCUGUCACAACACUGUCCUCCACAAUCCUCCCUCUCCUGUCACAACCUGUCCUCCUCCUCCUCCUGUCACAACACUGUCCUCCUCCUCCUGUCACAACACUGUCCUCCUCCUCCUGUCACAACACUGUCCUCCUCCCCUCCUCCUCCUGUCACAACACUGUCUCUCCUCCCUCCUCCUGUCACAACCACUGUCCUCCUCCUCCUCCUGUCACAACACUGUCCUCCUCCUCCUCCUGUCACAACACUGUCCUCCUCCUCCUCCUGUCACAACACUGUCCUCCUCCUCCUCCCUGUCACAACACUGUCCUCCUCCUCCUCCUGUCACAACACUGUCCUCCUCCUUACAACACUGUCCUCCUCCUCCUGUCACAACACUGUCCUCCUCUCUCCUGUCACAACACUGUCCUCCUCCUCCUGUCACAACACUGCUCCUCCUCCUCCUGUCACAACACUGUCCCUCACUCCUCUCCUGUCACAACACUGUCCUCCUCCUCCUGUCACAACACUGUCCUCCUCCUCCUCCUGUCACAACACGUGUCCUCCUCCUCCUCCUGUCACAACACCUUCCUCCACCUGCCUCCCUGUCACAACACUGUCCUCCUCCUCCUCCUGUCACAACACUGUCCUCCUCUCCUCCUGUCACAACACUGUCCUCCCCUCCUCCUGUCACAACACUGUCCUCCUCUCCUCCUGUCACAACCACUGUCCUCCUCCCUCCUCCUGUCACAACACUGUCCUCCCUCCUCCUCUGUCACAACACUGUCCUCCUCCUCCUCCUGUCACAACACUGUCCCUCCCCUCCUCCUGUCACCAACCCUCCCUCCGUCCCUCCUCCUCCUCCUGUCACAACACUGUCCUCCUCCUCCUCCUGUCACAACACUGUCCUCCUCCUCCUCCUGUCACAACACUGUCCUCCUCCUCCUCCUGUCCACAACAUGUCCUCCUCCUCCUCCUGUCACAACACUGUCCUCCCCUCCUCCUGUCACAACACUGUCCUCCUCCUCUCCUGUCACAACACUGUCCUCCUCUCCCUCCUCCUUGUCACAACACUGUCCUCCUCCUCCUGUCACAACCACUGUCCCCUCCUCCUCCUGUCACAACACUGUCCUCCUCCUCCUCGUCACAACCUGUCCUCCAUCCUGUCACAAACCUGUCCUCCUCUCUCCUCCUGUCACAACACUGUCCUCCCUCCUCCUCCUGUCACAACACUGUCCUCCUCCCCUGUCACAACACUGUCCUCUCCUCCUCCUGUCACAACCCUGUCCUCCUCCUCCUCCUGUCACAACACUGUCCUCCUCCUCCUCCUGUCACAACACUGUCCCUCCUCCUCCUGUCCAACCCUGUCCUCCUCCUCCUCCUGUCACAACACCUGUCCUCCUCCUCCUCCUGUCACAACACUGUCCCUCCUCCCUCCUGUCACAACCCUGUCCUCCUCCUCCUCCUGUCACAACACUGUCCUCCUCCUCCUGUCACACACACUGUCCUCCUCUCCUGUCACAACACUGUCCUCUCUCCUCCUGUCACAACACUGUCCUCCUCCUCCUGUCACAACACUGUCCUCCUCCUCCUGUCACAACACUGUCCCUCCGUCCGUCCUCCUCCGUCACAACACUGUCCUCCUCCUCCUCCUGUCACAACACUGUCUCCUCCUCUCCUGUCCACAACCACUGUCCUCCUCCUCCUCCUGUCACAACCUGUCCUCCUCCUCCCCUGUCACAAACCUGUCCUCCUCUCUCCUGUCACAACCCUGUCCUCCUCCUCCUCCUGUCACAACCUGUCCUCCUCCUCCUGUCACAAUCCCUGUUCCUCCUCCUCCUCCUGUCACAAACACUGUCCUCUCCUCCUCCUGUCACAACCCUGUCCUCCUCCUCCUCCUGUCACAACCCUGUCCUCCUCCUCCUCCUGUCACAACCCUGUCCUCCUCCUCCUCCUGUCACAACACUGUCCUCCUCCUCUGUCACAACACUGUCCUCCCUCCUCCUGUCACAACCUGUCCUCCCUCCUCUGUCACAACCUGUCCCUCCUCCAUCCUCCUCCGUCACAACACUGUCCUCCUCCUCCUGUCACAACCUGUCCUCCUCCUCCUCCUGUCACAACACUGUCCUCCUCCUCCUCUGUCACAACCUGUCCUCCUCCUGUCACAACACUGUCCUCCUCCUGUCCAACACUGUCCUCCCUCCUCCUGUCACAACCUGUCCUCUCCUCCUCCUGUCACAACCCUGUCCUCCUCUCCUCCUGUCACACUGUCCCCUGUCCUACCAGUCCUCCUCCUGUCACAAACCUGUCCUCCUCCUCCUUGUCACAACCACUGUCUCCUCCUCCUCCUGUCACAACUCCCCUGUCACUCCUCUCUGUCACAACACUGUCCUCUCCUCCUCCUGUCAAACACUGUCCUCCUCCUCCUCCUGUCACAACACUUGUCCUCCUCCUCCUGUCAACACUGUCCUCCUCCUCCUCGUCACAACACUGUAAUCCUCUCCUCCUGUCACAACACUGUCCUCCUCCUCCUGUCACAACCCUGUCCUCCUCCUCCUCCUGUCACAACCGUUUCCUCCUCCCUCCUGUCACAACCACUGUCAUCCUCCUCAUGUCACAACACUGUCCUCCUCCUCCCUGUCACAACACUGUCCUCCUCUUCCUCCUCUGUCACAACACUGUUCCUCCUCUUCCUCCUCCUGUCACUACACUGUCCUCCUCUUCCUCCUGUCACAACACUGUCCUCCUCCUCCUCCUGUCACAACCCUGUCCUCCUCCUCCUCCUCCUGUCUAAAAGACAACUAGUAAAGUAAGAGUACAUAUAUUUGUAUUAUUAGACGUUCUGGCUUGUAGAGAAUAUUGCUUAUUUUUUACAGCAACUUCCAGACUGAGAUCCAUGGAGUAUCCAUGGUAACAGUGAUGUUAGACAAUCAGUCCGUCUCUGUUCUCAUCGUCUUUUCUAACUUGAACCCAAAUGAUUGAAUCAGAUGUUCUCCUUGCAGAUGAAUCCUGUGUAACCUGUUAUAACUAAUGGCUCAUAUACUGACUGUGUGUUAGACGGUGAGUCCUGCAGCAGGCGAACACCCUCUACAGUAUAACUACUCCUUGUGGUAUUCUCGGAGGACUCCGUCCCGGCCCGCCAACACACAGAGUUAUGAACAGAACAUCAGACAGAUCGGCACGGUCGCCUCGGUCAGUACAUAUCAUAUACACACAGCACUGGGUUAAAUAUGUGGUUGACAGGGUUAGGAUGUGACCAGCUGAUUGGUUGUUAUAUUCUUGUGCUGUGAUUGGUUGAUAUUGUAAUGCUGUGCUGUGAUUGGUUGACAGGUGGAACAGUUCUGGAAGUUUUACAGUCACCUGAUGCGACCGGGAGAUCUGACUGGCCACUCCGACUUCCACUUGUUUAAAGAGGGAAUCAAACCCAUGUGGGAGGUAACAUAUAGAUACAGUGCAUUUGAAAAGUAUUCAGACCCCUUGACUUUUUCCACAUUUUGUUACGUUACAGCCUUAUUCUAAAAUGGAUUCAAUUGUUUUUUUCUCAAUCUACACACAAUACCCCAUAAUGACAAAGCGAAAACAGGUUUUUCAUUUUUUGUGUGCAAAUUUAUAAAAAAAUAAACAUACUUUAUUUGCAUAAGUAUUCAAACCCUUUGCUGUGAGACUCGAAAUUGAGCUUGGGUGCAUCCUGUUUCCAUUGAUCAUCGUUGAGAUGUUUCUACAACUUGGAGUCCACCUGUGGUAAAUUCAUUUUAUUGGACAUGAUUUGGAAAGGCACACACCUGUCUAUAUAACGUCCCACAGUUGACAGUGCAGAAACCAAGCCAUGACGUCAAAGGAAUUGUCCGUAGAGCUUCGAGACAGGAUUUUGUCGAGGCACAGAUCUGGGGAAGGGUACAAAAAAUGUAUUUGUAUUUAUUAUGGAUCCCGUUAGUUCCUGCCAAGGCAGCAGCUACUCUUCCUGGGGUCCAGCAAAAUUAAGGCAGUUAUACAUUUAAAAAACAUUACAAUACAUUCAUUACAGAUUUCACAACACACUGUGUGCCCUCAGGCCCCUACUCCACUACCACAUAUCUACAACACUAAAUCCAUGUGUACGUGUGUGUAUAGAGCGUAUGUUAUCGUGUGUGUGUCUGCAUGUGUCUGUGUCUAUGUUUGUGUUGCUUCACAGUCCCCGCUGUUCCAUAAGGUGUAUUUUUAUCUGUUUUUUAAAUCUGAUUCUACUGCUGGCAUCAGUUACCUGAUGUGGAAUAGAGUUCUAUGUAGUCAUGGCUCUAUGUAGUACUGUGUGUCUCCCAUAGUCCGUGUUCAAGACGCACAGUACUACAUAGAUAGUACUGUCCCCUGUAUUUUGAGUUUUUUCCAAUUGUUCUCUGUAGAUCCUCUCAAGCUGUCAGGUUGGAUGGGGAGCGUCGCUGCACAGCUAUUUUCAGGUCUCUCCAGAGAUAUUUGAUCGGGUUCAAGUCCAGACUCUUGCUGGGCCACUCAAGGACAUUCAGAAACUUGUCCCGAAGCCACUCCUGCAUUGUCUUGGCUGUGUGCUUAGGGUCGUUGUCCUUUUGGAAGGUGAACCUUCGCCCCAGUCUGAGGUCCUGAGUGCUCUGGAGCAGGUUUUCAUCAAGGAUCUCUCUAAACUUUGCUCCGUUCAUCUUUCCCUUGAUCCUGACUAGUCUCCCAGUCCCUACCGCUGAAAAACAUCCCCACAGCAUGAUGCUGCCACCACCAUGCUUCACCGUAGGGAUGGUGCCAGGUUUCCUCCAGACGUGACGCUUGGCAUUCAGGCCAAAGAGUUCAAUCUUGGUUUCAUCAGACCAGAGAAUCUUGUUUCUCAUAGUCUGAGAGUCUUUAGGUGCCUUUUGGCAAACUCCAAGUGGGCUGUCAUGUGCCUUUUACUGAGGAGUGGCUUCCGUCUGGUCAAUCUACCAUAAAGGCCUGAUUGGUAGAGUGCUGCAGAGGUGGUUGUCCUUCUGGAAGGUUCUCCCAUCCCCACAGAGGAACUCUGGAGCUCUGUCAGAGUGACCAUUGGGUUCUUGGUCACCUCCCUGACCAAGGCCCUUCUCCCCCGAUUGCUCAGUUUGGCCGGGCGGCCAGCUCUCGGAAGAGUCUUGGUGGUCUUCCAUUUAAGAAUGAUGGCGGCCGCUGUGUUCUUGGGGACCUUCAAUGCUGCAGACAUUUUUUGGUACCCUUCCCCAGAUCUGUGCCUCGACACAAUCCUCUCUGAGCUCUACGGACAAUUCCUUCGACCUCAUGGCUUGGUUUUUGUUCUGACAUGCACUGUCAACUGUGGGACCUUAUAUAGAUAGGUGUGUGCCUUUCCAAAUCAUGUCCAAUCAAUUGAAUUUACCAAUCAAGUUGUAGAAACAUCUCAAGGAUGAUUCAAUGGAAACAGGAUGAACCUGAGCUCAAUUUUGAGUGUCAUAGCAAAGGGUCUGAAUACUUAUGUAAAUAAGGUAUAUAAUUUUUUUAGCAAAAAUUUCUCAACCCGUUUUCACUUAUGGGGUAUUGUGUGUAGAUUGAGUUUUUAUUAAUUGAAUCCAUUUUAGAAUAAGGCUGUAAUGUAACAAUAUGGAGAAAGGGAAGGGGUCUGAAUACUUUCUGAAUGUGCUGUGUGCUCUAACUCCAGACAUAUGGUUCCUAUUCAACCCUCAGACAGGCCCUCUUUCUCUCUGCCCAAAUACAAUGCACAGAGAUCAUUCCAUCUAACCCAUACAAAAGAAUGACUACUGCUAGGCUAAUUAUACAGUUGGAAACAGAUUAAAAUGUGCUCAAGUCAGUCUCCAACAGUAUUCACUGUGUGUGUGAUGUAUGUAAGGUGGUGAGUCAAUCAGCAUGAUAGCAUCCCAUCCACUAUAACCAUACCUUUUGGUAUUCACUGUGUGUGUGUGUGUAACCCUCCAGGAUGAAGCCAAUAAGAACGGUGGGAAGUGGAUCAUCAGGCUGCGGAAAGGUCUGUAGUUAAUAAUAUUAUUAUUAUUAGGCCGAGCAACCUGUUUGCUUUUUUUCGUUCUCUAAACCUCCCUUUUUAAAUGUCGACUUUGGGCAAAAACGCAAAAAUAACAGCUUUAAACUGUAUAAAUGAUCAAUGCACCACAUAGAGAAUGAUAGAAGCUUCUAGUGGCCAAAAGGCCAUAUUAGCAUGGGCAGCACCAUUGAGGGCUUCCGCCAUUUUAAAGCAGUCAACUGGGUGGGGAUUCCUAUGGGUUGUAGCCUCAAUGGUGCUGCCCAUGCUUUCACAGACGCUCUGAUGGCACAGAUAUAAAGAGGAGUCAUCUCUAUGAUGUACCAUCAGACCAGCUCAUUAGGGUUAGGGUUAUAUAAAGAGGAGUCAUCUCUAUGAUGUACCAUCAUACCAGCUCAUUAGGGUUAGGGUUAUAUAAAGAGGAGUCAUCUCUAUGAUGUACCAUCAUACCAGCUCAUUAGGGUUAGGGUUAUAUAAAGAGGAGUCAUCUCUAUGAUGUACCAUCAUACCAGCUCAUUAGGGUUAGGGUUAUAUAAAGAGGAGACUCCUCUGUACCAUCAUACCAGCUCAUUAGGGUUAGGGUUAUAUAAAGAGGAGUCAUCUCUAUGAUGUACCAGCUCAUUUAAAUGUUUAAAUAAUUGAUGAUUAAAAUAUUUAGCUACAGAAGUGCCAGUUCUACCGGAUCUCUACAGGCUUCUCGUCCUCCUAAAACAAAAUCACUGGAAACUGACAUCAACACAUCACUUGGAGGGAGUUACCUGGGACUAGCUACAGUGGCUAGCGGCUUUAAGCUAACGAACUAGCUAAAGUCCUGGAGGAGGUUACUGGAUAGCUAACCGUGGCUAGCUUAGAUAACGAACUAGCCUAAGGCUGGAGGAGUUACUGGAUAGCUACAGUGGCAAGCUUAGAUAACGAAACUUAGCUCAAGUCUGGAUGGAGUUACUGGGAUAGCUACAGUGGCUUAGCUAGAUAACGAACUAGCUAAGUCUGGAGGGAGUUAACUGGAUAGCUACAGUGGAGCUCUUAGAUAACGAAACUAGCUACGUCUGGAGGAGUUACUGGAUAGCUACCGUGGCUAGCUUAGCUAACGAACUAGCUACGUCUGGAGGAGUUACUGGAUAGCUACAGUGGCUAGCUUAGCUAACGAACUAGCUAAGUCUGGAGGAGUUACUGGAUAGCUACAGUGGCUAGCUUAGCUAACGAACUAGCUACGUCUGGAGGAGUUACUGGAUAGCUACAGUGGCUAGCUUAGCUAACGAACUAGCUAAGUCUGGAGGAGUUACUGGAUAGCUACAGUGGCUAGCUUAGCUAACGAACUAGCUAAGUCUGGAGGAGUUACUGGAUAGCUACACUGGCUAGCUUAGCUAACGAACUAGCUAAGUUGGUCACGACGCGCAUGACCAGAAUGACACAUCGAUGAACUACCAAAGGCGCACUCCAUUUCUGUUAACAAAUGUAGAAAGAGGUGGAGUUGGACAGUUUUUCGUGCACAAAGUAUACCUUUAACUUUCUAAACCUCCCUUUAACAUUCUGAACAUCCCCUUAAUGUUCUAAACCUCCUUUUUAAAAUUCUAAACCGCCCUUUAACAUUCUAAAUCUCCUUUUAACAUUAUAAACCUCCCUUUAGCGUUCUGCGCUGUUCUUUAAGCCUCCCUUUAAUAUUGUUAUUGUUCAUGUUGUUGUAUUGAUGUUAUUGUUGUUGACAGGUCUGGCCAGCAGGUUCUGUAAUAACAUUAUUCUGGCCAUGUUGUUAAUGUUGUUGUUGUUGUUGUUGACAGGUCUGGCCAGCAAGUUCUGGGAGAACAUUAUUCUGGCCAUGUUGUUAAUAUGGUAUUUCUUAAUAUUGUUGUUGACAGGACUAGCCAGCAAGUUCUGGGAGAACAUUAUUCUGGCCAUGUUGUUAAUGUUGUUGUUGUUGACAGCUCUGGCCAGCAAGUUCUGGGAGAACAUUAUGCUGGCCAUGUUGUUAAUAUUGUUCUUAAUGUUAUUGUUGUUGUUGUUGACAGGUCUGGCCAGCAGGUUCUGGGAGAACAUUAUUCUGGCCAUGUUGUUAAUAUUGUUCUUAAUGUUAUUGUUGUUGUUGUUGACAGGACUGGCCAGCAAGUUCUGGGAGAACAUUAUUCUGGCCAUGUUGUUAAUGUUGUUGUUGUUGUUGACAGGACUGGCCAGCAAGUUCUGGGAGAACAUUAUUCUGGCCAUGUUGUUAAUAUUGUUCUUAAUGUUGUUGUUGUUGUUGACAGGUCUGGCCAGCAGGUUCUGGGAGAACAUUAUUCUGGCCAUGUUGUUAAUGUUGUUGUUGUUGUUGUUGUUGUUGACAGGUCUGGCCAGCAGGUUCUGGGAGAACAUUAUUCUGGCCAUGUUGUUAAUAUUGUUGUUGUUGUUGACAGGUCUGGCCAGCAGGUUCUGGGAGAACAUUAUUCUGGCCAUGUUGGGAGAACAGUUCAUGGUGGGAGAGGAGAUCUGUGGAGUGGUGGUCUCUAUACGCUUCCAGGUACACACACACACGGGCUGGAUCUCUUGGCUCUAAGCCCUUUAUCGAGUGGCCACUUGCUGAUGUGUUUGAUAGUAAUCACUAAGUUUUUUUUGGGGCAAAAUUAUCAUUGAGACGAUGCCCACUCUACGUCCCACUUGUCAAUAUUCAAAAAUUCUAAAUCCAUUCGCGACCAUUAUCUCCCGCGACUCGUCUUGUAACAUAACUCGCUAUGAAACGCGGGCACUUGGACCUGGCGCAGACAGAGGCACAGGCUACUCCGGAAGACAGUGAGGAAGUUGUACAAAAUAUGUGCAAGUAUAUCGAUUGCCAAUGACUUCAUCAGCUGAUUUAGCUUGUUGUAGCCUGCUGCUAGCUAGCUUCACUGACAAACAGUGGGAUGGAAUUUAAGCUAGUUAAGGAUUUAAGGACACUGCAUUGAUAAUGUUUUAGCUUUUCACUGAUUGACGAUAGUUUGACAGCUUGCUGAUGAAUUUGUAGACUUGUUCACUUCCCAGCAGUCAGUCCGUAGGCUACUUCCGCAUGUUUUCACCAAUCGCUACGUUGUGGGACAGCUGAGCUCACAGUGCAGCAGCAGCUGAUUGGAUAAGGCAAUGAGUCGGGACAGAACAGGCAGUUGCUACUUCAUUACAAUUUGUUCAUUGUGAUAAGAUAAUGUUACUACAGUAAUAGUAAUAAUAACAACUUUGGGGGUGCUGAUAUUUGUCCUGUUAGCUAGCUUAUUGAAGGAACAUUGCAUUUAUUAUUAUUAUUAUUAUUAUUAUUAUUAUUAGUGUUGCACAGCUGAUUUAGCUUAUUUCGUUUCAUAUGAAGUGGUUGGCUCAGGAUUACAGUUUAGCAAACUAAUGGAAUUGGAAUAUGAAGAGACUGGCUCAUGCUUACAGCUAGCUAGCAAGCUAAUGGAAUUGGAAUAUGAAGAGACUGGCUCAUGCUUAGAGCUAGCUAGCAAGCUAAUGGAAUUGGAAUAUGAAGACUGGCUCAUGCUUAGAGCUAGCUAGCAAGCUAUUGGAAUAUGAAUAGACUGGCUCAUGCUUAGAGCUAGCUAGCAAGCUAUUGGAAUAUGAAUAGACUGGCUCAUGCUUAGAGCUAGCUAGCAAGCUAAUGGAAUUGGAAUAUGAAGACUGGCUCAUGCUUAGAGCUAGCUAGCAAGCUAUUGUAAUAUGAAGAGACUGGGUCAUGCUUAGAGCUAGCUAGCAAGCUAAUGGAAUUGGAAUAUGAAGAGACUGGCUCAGGAUUACAGCUAGCUAGCAAACUAAUGGAAUUGGAAUAUGAAGAGACUGGCUCAGGAUUACAGCUAGCUAGCAAGCUAAUGGAAUUGGAAUAUGAAGAGACUGGCUCAUGCUUAGAGCUAGCUAGCAAGCUAAUGUAAUGGACAAGUUUGUGUGUACAUUAAACAUUAGAAAUACAGCUCAUUCAAGCACUAAACUCCUUAGCUAGAUGGAAAAUCGCAUGACUAAGACCUCCUCGGUAAAACUUGAUUUCUGUUGACUUAUUCAGACUAUUUUUGAGGGCGAAGUAGUUGUCACAUGCUGAAAUUCUUGGGAAGAACUUGCUGCCAUGGGCACAAAGUUGGCAAAGGAUUCACACUUGAGGAAGAGGCUUCCAAAGGGUGCAGUGGAGCCCUCGAUGACUCGACAACUAGCGUUUUGGGGAUGACUGAACGCGCAUAUCGAAGUGGUCAAAGUGUUGGGUUUGAGAUUCAGCCUCACUCACUCGUGUGUGUCUCUCUCUCUAGGAAGACAUCCUGUCUAUAUGGAAUAAGACGGCCAGCGAUCAGGUGACGACAUCUAGAAUCCGAGACACUCUUCGACGUGUCCUGAACCUCCCUCCCAACACCAUCAUGGAGUACAAGACACACAACGACAGUCUCAAGUACGAUUCACACACACUCCCACCAUCGUGUACACACUAUGGAUAAUUCUGUUUAUUGAUCUCUCUCUGUCUGUUUUCUUUUUAGGGAUAAUUCCAGCUUCCGCAACACAAAGAUCACCCUGUGAAGAGAGACGGAGGAGAACCACCUGACCGUAUCUGUUUCCUCUGGGACCAUAACAUCUCUCUCCCUGCCUCCCGUUCUCUCUCUCUCUCUCCCUGCCUCCCGUUCUCUUCUCUCCCUGCCUCCCGUUCUCUCUCUCUCCCUGCCUCCCGUUCUCUCUCUCCACUGCCUCCCGUUCUCUCUCUCUCUCCCUGCCCUCCCGUUCUCCUCUCUCUCUCCCUGCCUCCGUUCUCUAUCUCUCCCCUGCCUCCCGUCUCUCUCUCUACCCGCCCUCCCGUUCUCUCUCUCUCUCUACCUGCCUCCCGUCUCUCUCUUCUCUCUCUCCCUGCCCCCGUUCUCUCUCUCUCUCUUCCCGCUCCCGUUCUCUCUCUCUCUUCUCCCUGCCUCCCGUUCUGCUCUCUACUCUCUGCCUCCCGUUCUCUCUCUCUCUCUCCCUCCUCCGUUCUCUCUCUCUCUCUCUCCUUGCCUCCCCGUUCUCUUCUCUCUCUCCCUGCCUCCCGUUCCUCUCUCUCUCUCUCCCUGCCUCCCGUUCUCUCUCUCUCUCUCCCUGCCUCCCGUUCUCUCUCUCUCUCCCUGCCUCCCGUUCUCUCUCUCUCUCUCCCUGCCUCCCGUUCUCUCUCUCUCUCUCCCUGCCUCCCGUUCUCUCUCUCUCUCUCUCCCUGCCUCCCGUUCUCUCUCUCUCCCUGCCUCCCGUUCUCUCUCUCUCUCUCCCUGCCUCCCGUGUUCUCUCUCUCUCUCUCUCCCUGCCUCCCGUUUCUCUCUCUCUCUCUCUCUCCCUGCUUCCCAAACUGCCAGGCAGGUACAGAAUUGACUGAUUAGGUGCCACCAAAUGUCACAUCGAUCGCUAAAAGGCCGGGCAAAUGUAGUUUAAGCCUGCCUUUUGUGCGUAUGGAAAAUUGUUGUGAUUUUUAAAUUCAUUUCAGCUCAUGAAAAAUGGGACCAACACUUUACAUUUUUAAAUUAUAGUUUACCCACCUUUUUCUACCACUACCAUCACUGGACCCAACCAACCCACACUGUGUAACAUGUGGUGGUGAUAUACUGCCAUCUGGUGGCGACUAGAAACAAUUGCAUAUUAGGAACUAUUACAAAUUGAUGGUCCUUGAAAAUAAAUAUUAGUGCUUGAAAGUCCUUGAAUUUGACUUGCCACUCUCUGUAUGAACCCUGUCUCUCUUCCUGUCGCUCUCUUGCUUGUGUUGCUAUAGAAACUAGUGUGUUACUAUGGAGACAUGAACAGUUGGGACCAACUGAGUGUGUGUCAGUGACUAUACAGAAAUAAAGGUGUUUUUGGAUCCUGUCUUGACUACUUCACUGUGACUCUUGAUUUGUGAGAAUGCUUAUUGAAUUCUGAUAAUACAGUAACCUGUUGUGGUGCGGUACAGGGCCCAGCAAGUUAGAAAGUGACAUCAUACAGCCCUUGGCUUUUUGGAAAUGGAACUCCUCUUACUCUAUGGGGUGGCACAGCCGGGCAUGGACCCCAACCAGCCGGGCAUGGACCUUAACCAGCCGGGCAUGGACCUUAACCAGCCGGGCAUGGACCUUAACCAGCCAGCCGGGCAUGGACCUUAACCAGCCGGGCAUGGACCUUAACCAGCUAGCCGGGCAUGGACCUUAACCAGCCAGCCGGGCAUGGACCUUAACCAGCCGGGCAUGGACCUUAACCAGCCGGGCAUGGACCUCAGCCAGCCGGGCAUGGACCCCAACCAGCCGGGCUUGGACCUCAGCCAGCCGGGCAUGGACCUUAACCAGCCGGGCAUGGACCCCAAACAGCCGGGCAUGGACCUUAACCAGCAGGGCAUGGACCCCAACCAGCCGGGCAUGGACCCCAACCAGCCGGGCAUGGACCUUAACCAGCCGGGCAUGGACCUCAACCAGCCAGCCGGGCAUGGACCUCAACCAGCCAGCCGGGCAUGGACCCCAACCAGCCGGGCAUGGACCCCAACCAGCCGGGCAUGGACCCCAACCAGCCGGGCAUGGACCCCAACCAGCCGGGCAUGGACCUUAACCAGCCGGGCAUGGACCCCAACCAGCCGGGCAUGGACCUUAACCAGCCAGCCGGGCAUGUACCUUAACCAGCCAGCCGGGCAUGGACCUUAA